AUGCAGGCGAUAAAGAGUAUCAUUGCGCUGAUGCUGUUAGCAACCCUUUGCAUUGGGUCAUCCAACGCAGCCUGUCCAGCCAACUCGGAAUUUACGGCCAGCGCACCGUGCGACUACUUGUGUGGCAUUCCGUGUGAUUACAAGGGCGUAACUAAUGUUUGUAUCUGUCGCGACGGUUAUCUGAAGGAUACGAAAUCUGGACAGUGCGUGCCUGAAAGCCAAUGUUCGAUUGCGGCUGAAGUUCCUGUCCUUCGUAGCGCUCCUUCAUUCACGUUCUCGUGCUUUACUACCUAA